AGGAAGAGUGAAGAUGCCCGAGCCCGCGAAAUCCGCGCCGGUGCCCAAGAAAGGGUCGAAGAAGGCCAUCACCAAGACGCAGAAGAAAGGCGACAAGAAGCGCAGGAAGAGCCGCAAGGAGAGCUACUCCAUCUACGUCUACAAGGUGCUGAAGCAGGUCCACCCCGACACCGGCAUCUCCUCCAAGGCCAUGAGCAUCAUGAACUCCUUCGUCAACGACAUCUUCGAGCGCAUCGCGGCCGAGGCGUCCCGCCUGGCUCACUACAACAAGCGCUCCACCAUCACCUCCCGCGAGAUCCAGACGGCCGUCCGCCUCCUGCUGCCCGGCGAGCUGGCCAAGCACGCCGUCUCCGAGGGCACCAAAGCCGUCACCAAGUACACCAGCUCCAAGUAGAGCGCAAGUUUGCCACCAUCGGACCGCAGGGAAGACUUGCCCGCCACCAAACCCCACCCCCCCAAAGGCUCUUUUAAGAGCCGCUCACAUUUUCUUCGAAAAGGCCGAAGUCGUCUUUUUUUC